AUGCUGAUACACAGGCUUCUGGUUCAACCAAUAUUAGAGGACCGGAGGAUUGGAGAAGAGCCCAUUAAAGGAGUCGGUCGGGAGAAGAAUAUGGAUCAAUUGAUGGUGGAAAGUUGCGGAUCUGCCACCGUAGAAGACGCAGCAGCUUGCGCUCCUCCCCAUCCUCCUCCUCCUCCUCCGCCGACUGCUCACCGGAGGCCAAGAGUGAGGGAGGUGAGCUCUAGGUUCAUGUCUCCUGCGGUUUCCACUGGUGAUCUCCCUCAUCCCCUGCCUACUAAAUCGCCCCUCCCGAAACAUCAUCAACAUGGCAUCUCAACUCCAAGCUCGACGCUUGCGGAAAUUCAGUCGAGGCAGCGCUCUUCCUCUGUGAAUAGGCGGCGGAGGCACUUGGACUUGGAGCCCUUCCGCUGCUCCGACGAGAACAGACCCACCGGCUUCUCCUCCAUUCACACUCCGAGUCAGAGUUGGGAAAUCCCUCUCCCACCGGAACAGAUGCUUAAUUAUACUGGGAGGAAACAGCGUCCUGUGAAGCCAUUCAAAGAAAACGGAGGCGGCAAAGUCCUACAGCAACAGCAGAAGCAGCAUCUUACAAAAACCUGCACCGGGAAAGGCAGCAAUGCUUUUACCACACCCUCAAGACCUGAUACACCCAUUGUGACUGCUAGUCUAGAUAGGACGUCUAGAUUCAGACUCAUUCAGCAGCGGUCUACCAACAUCACACCCACAGCAGCCGCUAAGCUCUUGCAGUCUAGCGGGAUGUCUUUACCUGCUCCACCUAUCAAUCUAGUUACUGAGACUGAGGCAAACACCCAAGACGCCACUUCUGCUCCCCAACUUGAUCCUUCUUCACCAAGUUCACUUCCCGAUGUAAAUAAUCAGAGUCAAAUGCCAGUUGUACCAAGCUGCUCAACAAGGUGUCUUCCUGAUAUCCGCUCUUCCAUGCCUGAGGCCGAUUUGUUGCCAUCCGUUUCUAGUAGACAGCUCGUUGACAAAAGUAGCGGCAGCAGGGGUAAUGCUACUGUCACUGUCAGUGACGAUUUUUUUAAAUGUUCUGCUUCCCCUUGCUCCCGUUCUCUGAAAUUGCCAUUAUCAAGUUCCGACAUCUUAUCCUUCCAGCCAAACAAAGGGAGUGAAAGAUUAACAUCUGUGCUGUCCAAGCCAUAUACAAACACAGGGAAGAUGGGUGGCUUAUGUCUUCCCCCUGUCCCACCAUCUACAAGUGCAAAGCUGAGCUCAGAUACAAGGAGAGGAAAGAAAGUUUCUGGACACCUAGAAGACGUGCACUCCUUGAGAGUGCUUCAUAACCGCUAUCUGCAGUGGAGAUAUACCAAUGCAAGAGCAGAGGCUUCCAUGCGAGCACAGCAGAGAGAAACUGAGAGAACACUUUAUUCUCUUGCGGUAAAGAUAGCAGAACUAUAUGAUUCUGUCAAGAGGAAACGGAUAGAACUCGGCAUUUUGCAAAGAACAGAGACUUUAUCAGCAAUUCUUGAUGCUCAAAUUCCGUAUUUGGACCAGUGGUUUGCUCUUCAAGGGGAUCAUUCAAGUUCUCUGGCAGAAGCAACACAAGCUUUGUCGAAUGCCUCAUUUCAACUUCCAAUCAGUGGCAAUGUUAGGGUCGAUCUACAAGAGGUAAAAGAGGCACUGAACUCAGCAGUGGAAGUGAUGGAGAUCAUAGAUCUCCAAGUUCAGCGAUCUACAGCAAAGGCAGAAGAAACAGAAAAUUUGAUUUCAGAACUAGCCAGAGUGACUGGUGGAGAAAGAGCUCUUAUUGAAGAAUGUGGAAAUAUGUUGUCCAAGACAUAUACAACGCAGGAAAUUUUAUUUAGAAAUUAUGCUCUGCUUUCAGGUGAAAGAGUGGAGCUUAAGGGGCCAGAUAAUCCAGUUGAAACGUUGCUGUUCUUGAAAAGCAUUUCUUCAACGAAGACUGAGCAAUGA